GCCUCUCUCGCGUGCGCUCCGUGCCCAUCGUCCCCCGCGCGGGGGCCGGACUCGCGGGCCGACCGUCGUCGCUUCCAGGCCGCCCGGGGGCGGGGGAUGCCGGGCUGCCGCAUCAGCGCCUGCGGCCCGGGGGCCCAGGAAGGGACGGCGGAGCCGGGGUCCCCGCCGCCCCCUCUCCGGGAGCCCCUGGCGUCGCCCCAGCCCCCGCCCCCAACACCGACCUCGCCCGGGACCCCAGCUCCGGGCUCGCCGCGGACCGAGCCGGCCCCGGCCCCGGCCCCGGCCCCGGCAGCGGCAUCAGCAGCAGCAGCGGCAGCCGCGGGCUCGGCCGAGGGGCAGGAGCUGCAGCGCUGGCGCCAGGGCCCUAGCGGGGAGCGCGGGGGGACCGGGCCGGCCAGCGGCGCAGCGACCGCGGCAGGGCCAGGGCCAGAGCCAGGGGCCGGGUCCGGGUCCGGGUCCGGGGGCCGAGCCCUGGAGCUGGCCGAGGCGCGGCGGCGCCUGCUGGAGGUGGAGGGCCGCCGGCGCCUGGUGUCGGAGCUGGAGAGCCGCGUGCUGCACCUGCACCGCGUCUUCCUGGCCGCCGAGCUGCGCUUGGCGCACCGCGCCGAGAGCCUGGGCCGCCUGGGGGGCGGCGUGGCCCAGGCCGAGCUCUACCUGGCGGCGCACGGCGCGCGGCUCAAGAAGGGGCAGCGCCGAGGCCGCCGCGCCCGCCCGCCCGCCCUGCUCGCCUCGGCCCUGGGCCUGGGCAGCUGCGUGCCCUGGGGCGCCGGCCGCCUGCGACGCGGCCACGGCCGCGAGCCCGAGUCCCCGUUCCGCCGCAGCCCGCCCCGCGGCCCGGCGUCCCCCCAGCGCUGACCUCCCACGCCCGCAGCCCCGGCCGGUCCCCGGCCUGCCAUCGCUCAGGUGCCGAGAGACGGAGGGAUGGACAGCAUCGCCCACUCGGACGGACCGAGCGACCCGGGGACUGCUGGAGGAGGCGGCCUGGUGCCUAGGGGCCCUCCCGAAAAGAGUUUUUGAGCUCGUUCCAGUUCCUCUCCACCUUGGAGCUGCUCUGAUCUGUGUGCUGAGAUUCUGCUCCUUCCCUGGGCACCUCCUCCAGGAAGACUUCGCCAGUGGACUCUCACCAGCCUAGAGUUCUCUUCAUAUCCCAGGCAGUGUUGGGAACUGGUGGGGGGGAGGCUGCCUAGACUAUUUCUUUAUUUGCUGUCGUCACAAUGAUGAGAGGCCCUUCCUUUCAGCGUGGAUGGCUGACCAGACUUCCCUGACGGGGUGAUAUUUCUACAAGCAUAGUUAAAAACAUUUAUUUGGCCUAAAUAUGAAUUUUCCUUC